AUGGACGAGACGUCCAAAUCAGCCGCUGGCGUCUCUGUGCUCGCGGACGGCUUGGCUGUCUCACAUUACGUAGAAGCGUUGGAGGCACGGACCCCAAGGAGCCCUCGAAAGACUGGACAGGCUCCCAGAGAGGUGGCCGCGGACGUCCAGGAUGUUACGGAGGCUCAGGGCACCGCGCCAGACUCCCCGCCGAAGGCGGAGGAUCCUCUCCAGUUUGGAGCUGACCUGGAAUUGGAGCUAGACUCGUUAGAGGCUGCAGGGCCGAGGAUCGCACUCCCUGCCCCUGCCGAGCGAGCCGACAGGACUGAUGCGGAACAGGAGGCCUCUCCGAACGAUUUCUGUCUGAGUCCAGUUGCCGGGACGGGCUAUGCUGCGGCAGGCUUCACGAGCCUACACUCGCUGAGCGCCGACCUGAGCCCCGUGGCCUGGGCCCGGCGAGAUGAAGAGUUCCAAUUCAGCCCCGUGGUGCUCGAGAGCCUGGCAGGCGUGCAAGAGACAGACCCUCCGAGCGAAACGGCAGAUGCUUCUGCCCAACCGCCGCGGCUGCAUGCUUUGACACCUUGCAACGUCGGCAGUGCGGCUAAGGCACGCUGGCUUCUCAUUGGCACCCGGGAAUCGGGGAAAUCAAGCGAAUGGUUCUGCAGGUUUUCGGUAGUGGGGCAGCUGCAUUCUGCGAUGGAGAAGGCGGAGGCUCGCUCCCUCGUGGAGCGAUGCUUGCCACGCUUUAAGGAUGCGGGGCUGUCGGCUCCGGAUGGCAUCACGGACGUCAAGGUAAGAGCAAUCGCGUCUCUGUGGGCUGGAAUGGGCAGUGUGUAUGACCUCGCAGUGAGCUCCAAGAACGGAAUCCAGCAUGUUGUGGCCAAGCGUGUGCAGCUUCCGAAGCGGUGUGACAGCAUUGGGGACCAACGAAAGAAGGACAGCUACGAUGUGGAGGCUGCAUUCUAUCAGAAGGGACAUGCGGAACGGUUGAUUUCCGCGGGCUGCAUGGUGCCUUUCCCGCUGCACGUGGAGCACUCACGUGGCGAGGGAGUGACCAUCUGUAUGACGAAGAUGGAAGGCAAGCCGUCGCAUCCUCGAGGGGCAGAGGCCUUCGUCUCAUGGCUCGCGCGUCUUCAUGCGACGUACUGGGGCCGAAGAGCUGACGAAGCCUGCGGAGACUUGGCAUGGGGAAGAACUUAG